CUCUCCCCGGUAAAGUCUCGCGGUGCUGCUGGGCUCAGCCCCGUCUCCUCCUCUUGCUCCCUCGGCCGGGCGGCGGUGACUGUGCACCGACGUCGGCGCGGGCUGCACCGCCGCGUCCGCCAGCCCGCCAGCAUGGCCACCACCGCCACCUGCACCCGCUUCACCGACGACUACCAGCUCUUCGAGGAGCUUGGCAAGGGUGCUUUCUCUGUGGUCCGCAGGUGUGUGAAGAAAACGUCCACGCAGGAGUACGCAGCAAAAAUCAUCAAUACCAAGAAGUUGUCUGCCCGGGAUCACCAGAAACUAGAACGUGAGGCUCGGAUAUGUCGACUUCUGAAACAUCCAAACAUUGUGCGCCUCCAUGACAGUAUUUCUGAAGAAGGGUUUCACUACCUCGUGUUUGACCUUGUUACCGGCGGGGAGCUGUUUGAAGACAUUGUGGCCAGAGAGUACUACAGUGAAGCAGAUGCCAGCCACUGUAUACAUCAGAUUCUGGAGAGUGUUAACCACAUCCACCAGCAUGACAUCGUCCACAGGGACCUGAAGCCUGAGAACCUGCUGUUGGCGAGUAAAUGCAAGGGUGCCGCUGUCAAGCUGGCUGAUUUUGGCCUAGCCAUCGAAGUACAGGGAGAGCAGCAGGCUUGGUUUGGUUUUGCUGGCACCCCAGGUUACUUGUCCCCUGAGGUCUUGAGGAAAGAUCCCUAUGGAAAGCCUGUGGAUAUCUGGGCCUGCGGGGUCAUCCUGUAUAUCCUCCUCGUGGGCUAUCCUCCCUUCUGGGAUGAGGAUCAGCACAAGCUGUAUCAGCAGAUCAAGGCUGGAGCUUAUGAUUUCCCAUCACCAGAAUGGGAUACGGUAACUCCUGAAGCCAAGAACUUGAUCAACCAGAUGCUGACCAUAAACCCAGCAAAGCGCAUCACGGCUGACCAGGCUCUCAAGCACCCGUGGGUCUGUCAACGAUCCACGGUGGCAUCCAUGAUGCAUCGUCAGGAGACUGUGGAGUGUUUGCGCAAGUUCAACGCCCGGAGAAAACUGAAGGGUGCCAUCCUCACGACUAUGCUUGUCUCCAGGAACUUCUCAGCUGCCAAAAGUCUAUUGAACAAGAAGUCGGAUGGCGGUGUCAAGCCACAGAGCAACAACAAAAACAGUCUCGUAAGCCCAGCCCAAGAGCCCGCGCCCUUGCAGACGGCCAUGGAGCCACAAACCACUGUGGUACACAACGCUACAGAUGGGAUCAAGGGCUCCACAGAGAGCUGCAACACCACCACAGAAGAUGAGGACCUCAAAGUACGAAAACAGGAGAUCAUUAAGAUUACAGAACAGCUGAUUGAAGCCAUCAACAAUGGGGACUUUGAGGCCUACACGAAGAUUUGUGAUCCAGGCCUCACUUCCUUUGAGCCUGAGGCCCUUGGUAACCUCGUGGAGGGGAUGGAUUUCCAUAAGUUUUACUUUGAGAAUCUCCUGUCCAAGAACAGCAAGCCUAUCCAUACCACCAUCCUAAACCCACAUGUCCACGUGAUUGGGGAGGACGCAGCAUGCAUCGCCUACAUCCGCCUCACCCAGUACAUCGACGGGCAGGGUCGGCCUCGCACCAGCCAGUCAGAAGAGACCCGGGUCUGGCACCGUCGGGAUGGGGCAUUAGGAGAUUCCAGCCUGAGGUCGAACCUUCGCAGCCAGUGGCUCUGGAGGGCCUGAGUGACAGCGGCAGUCCUGUUUGAGGUUUAAAACAAUUCAAUUACAAAAGCGGCAGCAGCCAAUGCACGCCCCUGCAUGCAGCCCUCCCGCCCGCCCUUCGUGUCUGUCUCUGCUGUACCGAGGUGUUUUUUACAUUUAAGAAAAAAAAAAAGAAAAAAAGAUUGUUUUAAAAAAAAGGAAUCCGUACCAUGAUGCGUUUUAAAACCACCGACAGCCCUUGGGUUGGCAAGAAGGCAGGAGUAUGUAUGAGGUCCAUCCUGGCAUGAGCAGCGGCUCACCCACCGGCCUUGAAGAGGUGAGCUUGACCUCUCUGGUCCCCAUGGACUCAGGGGGACCAGGCAAGAACUCUGACAGAGCUUUGGGGGCCGUGAUGUGAUUGCAGCUCCUGAGGUGGCCUGCUUACCCCAGGUCUAGGAAUGGACUUCUUUGGAACUUGCAUAGUCGCCUAGAAUGGGGCUGAUGAGAACAUCGUGACCAUCAGACCUACUUCGGAGAGAAUGCAGAGCUCCCAGCCUGCUGUGGAGGCAGCUGAGAAGUGGUGGCCUCAGGACUGAGGGCCCGGACGUUGCUGUACUGUCUUGUUUAGUGUAGAAGGGAAGAGAGUUGGUGCUGCAGAAGUGUACCCGCCAUGAAGCCGAUGAGAAACCUCGUGUUAGUCUGACAUGCACUCACUCAUCCAUUUCUAUAGGAUGCACAAUGCAUGUGGGCCCUGAUAUUGAGGCCUUAUCCCUGCAGCUAGGAGGGGGAGGGGUUGUUGCUGCUUUGCUUCGUGUUUUCUUCUAACUCGGCAAGGAGAGAGCCGGGCCCUGGUCAGGGCUCCCGUGCCGCCUUUGGCGGUUCUGUUUCUGUGCUGAUCUGGACCAUCUUUGUCUUGCCUUUUCACGGUAGUGGUCCCCAUGCUGACCCUCAUCUGGGCCUGGGCCCUCUGCCAAGUGCCCCUGUGGGAUGGGAGGAGUGAGGCAGUGGGAGAAGAAGUGGUGGUCGUUUCUAUGCACUCAGGCUGCCUUUGGGGCUGCCUCCCUUCUUACUCUUCCUUGCUGCACGUCCAUCUCUUUCCCUGUCUUUGAGAUUGACCUGACUGCUCUGGCAAGAAGAAGAGGUGUCCUUACAGAGGCCUCUUUACUGACCAACUGAAGUAUAGACUUACUGCUGGACAAUCUGCAUGGGCAUCACCCCUCCCCGCAUGUAACCCAAAAGGUGUCCAGAGCCAAGGCUUCUACCUUCAUUGUCCCUCUCUGUGCUCAAGGAGUUCCAUUCCAGGAGGAAGAGAUCUAUACCCUAAGCAGAUAGCAAAGAAGAUAAUGGAGGAGCAAUUGGUCAUGGCCUUGGUUUCCCUCAAAACAACGCUGCAGAUUUAUCUGCACAGACAUCUCCACUUUUGGGGGAAAGGUGGGUAGAUUCCAGUUCCCUGGACUACCUUCAGGAGGCACGAGAGCUGGGAGAAGAGGCAAAGCUACAGGUUUACUUGGGAGCCAGCUGAGAAGAGAGCAGACUCACAGGUGCUGGUGCUUGGAUUUAGCCAGGCUCCUCCGAGCACCUCAUGCAUGUCCCAGCCCCUGGGCCCUAGCCCUUUCCUGCCCUGCAGUCUGCAGUGCCAGCACGCAGAUCCCUUCACCGCAGGGUUUCGUUUUGCUGGCUUGAAGACAAAUGGUCUUAGAAUUCAUUGAGACCCAUAGCUUCAUAUGGCUGCUCCAGCCCCACUUCUUAGCAUUCUUACUCCUCUUCUGGGGCUAAUGUCAGCAUCUAUAGACAAUAGACUAUUAAAAAAUCACCUUUUAAACAAGAAAUGGAAGGCAUUUGAUGCAGAAUUUUUGCAUGACAACAUAGAAAUAAUUUAAAAAUAGUGUUUGUUCUGAAUGUUGGUAGACCCUUCAUAGCUUUGUUACAAUGAAACCUUGAACUGAAGAUAUUUAAUAAAAUAACCUUUAAACAGUC